CGGUUACGUAGUCUGAACAAGAUGGUGGCGCCAAGGACGUCCCUGCGCCUGGUGGCCCCGGUAUGGAACCGGGGUGCCGGCAGCAUCCGUGGCCUGAGCAGGGCAGUGGACCCGGAGGGCAGUCAGAGGAAGGAGAGGACGCUGUUCCAGUUCCUGGCAGACCGAUUCUAUGACGUGGCGGCCUUGAGGGAGUACAUGCUCCAAAAGCAGGUGUUGAAGGUGCACCAGAAGAAUCGGUCCUUCACCUACAUCAAGGAGCGAUACGGCCCGUACGUGGCAGGUGCCCACUUCAUCCUGAAGCAGGGAGGCGCAGUCAAGUUUCAGGACAAGGAGUGGAUGCGGUCAAGUGGGCGCGGCCUGUCCUCUCUUGAGUUCUGGGAGUUCCGGGCGGUGCCCAUAGAGGCUGUCGAUGCCAGUGGCUGUGCCAUCAACUACCAAGGCCUGGACCACCUCUUGGCCCUGAAGGAGCUCCAGUCCCUGUCGCUGCGGUGCUGUCCCCACGUGGAUGACUGGUGUCUUAGCCGCCUCCACCCGCUGGCCGACUCACUGCAGGAGCUCUCGCUGGCUGGUUGCCCCCGAAUCUCUGAACGGGGCCUUGCCUGCCUCCACCACCUCCGGAACCUCCGCAGGCUGGACAUCUCCCACCUCCCUGCUGUGUCCAACCCGGGCCUCACUCAGAUCUUGGUGGAGGAGAUGCUGCCCAACUGUGAGGUUCUGGGGGCUGGCUGGGCCCAGGGCCUCAAGUUGGGGCUGGAGGAGCAGUCGCAGGACACAGCCAGCAGCCCCAUCCCUGCCUAGACUCAGCCUGCGUCAGCAGGGCUGUGCUGAGGGGCCGACAGCCCAGUUCCAGCUUCUAGCCGGUCUCACCAACGUGGGGGUCGGUUGGUCGGUCGGGCGGGCUGAGGGGCCCUGGCGGGAUGGAGGGAAAGAGUGUGAGGCGGGGUAUUUACUUCCCAACCCAGGGGGCUCUGUACCUUGGGCGGAAGGUCACAGCCCCUGUCAGGCACGCGUACCUCCUUCCAGCUCACAACCUCCUCCUGCCUCUGCAGGCCUGGGGGAGGUGGGGGCUUCCCCACACCGCGCCCACCACUAUGUCAAGAAAACUCUGGUCAAAUUAUCCCAUUUGCAUGUGCUGCUGUUUCCUGCCGGGACCUGACCAAACAGGGGCUGCUACCCACGUUUUACAAGGUGCUCUUCCCUGUGUGGGACUCAGCUCACCGCAGGACCCAGGCGUGGUCCGCACCAGUGAAGGCUGGGAGCGCCUCAGGUCCACGGUGUUCCUGCUUAUUGCAUUACUGACUCAGCUCCAAAUUCAACUUUCUUGUUUGCUCUGUGAAAAUUGAUCUGGCCCUUAGAAAUAUUUUUCCCCUGCUAACUGGCGUGAUCAGGUUUGCCAGCAGAGGGCACUGGGAAGACGUUCCUCGUCAGGGGAAAGGCUUUUGCUUCCUGGCUCAGGUGUGCAGC